UAGGAAAUGGAUAAGGUUACCAUGAUCACCACCAUGGUAUCGCCAGCGAGAACUCCAACUAAAUCGGAAAGGCAGCAAUGAGUUUCAGCGCCGUCGGAACAUGUCUUCCCUGCCACUCUAUUUCUUACCCACGUGGCAGCCUCGUGUUCAAGCCUCCCCAAGCCUCCUCCUCCUCCCUUUCCCUCUCCCCUCCUGUACCCACUAAAACUGGAGUCAUCGUCGUCGGAGCUGGCCUGGCCGGCCUGGCCGCCGCCACCCACCUCCGCUCCGAAAACAUCCCAUUCCUCCUCCUUGAAGCCUCCGACGGCGUUGGUGGCCGUGUCCGCACCGACCUCGUCGACGGCUUCCUCCUCGAUCGCGGCUUUCAAAUCUUCAUCACCGCCUACCCUGAAGCUCAAGCCCUCCUCGACUACGAAUCUCUCCGCCUCCAAAAAUUCUACUCCGGCGCCCUCGUCUACUUCGACGGCAAAUUCCACACCGUCGCCGACCCUUUGCGCCACUUCACCGACUCCCUCGCCUCCCUAACCAACCCAAUUGGCUCGCUCAUCGACAAAUUGCUUAUUGGGCUCACCAGAGCCAGAGUUCUAGGCAAGUCCGAUCGGGAAAUUUUCACCGCCGGAGAGGCUUCCACCAUGGAAUUGUUGAAGGAAAUUGGGUUUUCCGAUUCCAUAAUCACCCGUUUUUUCCGGCCAUUUUUCGGCGGGAUUUUCUUCGAUCCCGAAUUGGAAACUUCCUCCCGAUUAUUUAAUUUCAUUUUCAAAUGUCUCGCACUCGGCGAAAAUACUCUUCCGGCCAACGGAAUCGGCGCAAUCCCUCAACAAUUAGCAGCAAAUCUCCCGCCGGAGACCAUUUUGCUGAAUUCCAGAGUCGUCUCCGUCGAUUUCGAAUCGAAAUCGCCAAUUGUGAAGUUACAGAGUGGGGAAAUUAUAGCGAGCGAAAUGGGGGUGAUCGUUGCGGUGGAGGAACCGGAGGCGGAGAAAUUGCUAACCGGAAGACGAAAAAUCGGCAGCCGGAAACCGCCUAGGAGUACGGUAUGUUUGUAUUUCGCGGCGGAUCGGGACAGGAUUCCGGUGAGGGAACCAGUGCUGUUUCUGAAUGGAUCGGGGAAGGGAAUUGUUAACAAUAUGUUUUUCGCGACAAACGUGGCGCCGUCGUAUGGACCGGCGGAGAAGGUGCUGGUGUCGGUAUCGUUGAUCGGGAAAUUUGAGGAUGUUGGAGAUGAGGAUCUGACGGCUGAGGUUAUUCGGGAGAUGUCGGAUUGGUUUGGGGAAUCAACGAUUGAGGGAUGGAAGCAUUUACGGACGUAUAGGAUUGGUUUUGCGCAGCCGAAUCAAUCUCCACCGUCAGAUUUGAUGAAAGAUCCAACGGUGCAGAGUGGUCUAUACGUGUGUGGUGAUUAUUUGACUUCCGCCACGUUCGACGGCGCGUUGGUCUCCGGCAGGAGGGCCGUCGAAGCCUUAGUGAGGGAAAGGGCCGUCGCUUUCGUCUGAGUUUUGAGAGAGAAAUAUAAUUUUUAUUUUUAUUUUUAGUUUAAUUAUUAUUAUUUUUUUAA